AUGUUGAUCAUGGAAGUAAAUGAUGGCCUGGACCGUCACCUUGACGAAAUUGAGCUUUUUUUGGGAAGUAAAUUUGUUUUACAUUUCCCAAUCAUCAUCUUCAUCAUCAAAGCUUCAACAACCUUCAUCUUAGAAUUACAAUUAGAAUUUCAACAAGAAAAAAAAGAAAUGGAGAUGUUUGCAAUUUAA